CGCUGCCGCGCCUUCGCCUCCAUUCUCCUCCGUCGCUGCUUGUCGUUUUGCAUGUGUUGGGGCCUUUGCGUGGGUUUGCGUUGCCUUUGUUGCACCUCCAUCGUUUUGUUGCUUCUCUUGGAGGUCUGCUACUCGUUUUGCUGCGUAUCUUGGAGGUCUGCUGCCUAGCGAAUCUGAGAAACGAUUUGGGUUCAAAGGUUUGAAUGAAUAUAUGAACAAUGUCAGAGAAAGAUGACAUUGAGGAUGAGAUAUACAUACGAAGCAUACAAUUUAAUACUCUCCUCAUUCAACAUUAUUAUGAGAGUUAUGUUCAUAAAAAUUCUUGCAUGACAUCGUCUCAAACAGGUAAUAAAUGGGUAAUGGAAGUAUUACAAGGUCAUCCAAGUCGGUGUUAUAAUGAAUUUAGAAUGCACAAGGAAGUAUUUUAUCAUUUAUGUAGUGACUUGGAGACCGAAUUUAGGGUGCUGGGUUCAAAUAGAACAAGUCAUAUUGAAGUAGUGGCAUUAAUACUAAAUAUUCUAGGACAUGGAUGUGGGAAUAUGACGGCAAGAGAACGGUUUCAACAUUCCGGGGAAACCGUUAGUAGGUAUUUUGGAAAAGCAUUAGAUAUGUUGUGUUCAUAUGGUGAGAAAAUGAUCAAGCCGUUGGAUCCAGAAUUUGAAAGUGUUGCGCCGGAGAUAAUGAGGGAUAAGAGAUACAUGCCGCAUUUUAAGGAUUGCAUUGGUGCUAUUGAUGGAGUGCAUAUUCCCGCUUCGAUAUCUCCUCAACAUCAAAUACCAUUUAUUGGUAGAAAAGGGAUACCAACCCAAAAUGUUAUGGCGGUGUGUGAUUUUAAUAUGCAAUUUACAUUUGUAUGUGCCGGUUGGGAAGGGUCUGCUCAUGAUACAAGGGUGUUUCAAUCAGUUCUUCGAAAUCCCAAUUCGAAGUUUCCUAAACCUCCACAAGGAAAAUAUUAUGUCGUUGAUGCGGGAUACCCACAAAUGAAUGGAUUUUUGGGACCCUAUAAAGGUCCAAAACAACAUUUUCAAGAAUAUCGUGGGCAAGGGCCAAGAAAUGAAAAAGAGGUAUUUAACCAAGCACACUCUUCUCUUAGAGGCGUUAUAGAACGCACAUUUGGAGCUUGGAAAAAGAAAUGGCAUAUUUUAAGAAACAUGGAAGGUUUUUCAUUUAAGAAGCAAGUGAAGAUUGUUAUUGCAACCAUGACUCUUCAUAAUUAUAUACGAAGACAUGCGAAUCAUGAUAGGCAUUUUGACAUUGAUGAAAAUUCGGUUGGCAUAUCAAAUGAUGAGAUGGAGAUGGAUGAUGCAGAAGAAGAAAAUCAUGGUCAUGUUGCACAAGAAAUGGAAGCAAUAAGAAAAGAAAUUGCUCAAAGUUUGAUGAGAGCACGUGGUACCGCAAAUUUUUAA